AUGAAGGUUCUCUGGGGACAAGCUGACAGAGAAUUUAGGGUAGAGGUAGAAGCUAUUGGUCGUGUGCGGCACAAGAAUCUUGUUAGAUUGCUUGGAUACUGUGUUGAGGGCGCGUACAGGAUGCUUGUGUAUGAAUAUGUUGACAAUGGGAAUCUGGACCAGUGGCUGCAUGGGGAUGUUGAUUCUGUAAGCCCUCUGACUUGGGAUAUCCGGAUGAACAUCAUCUUGGGAACGGCAAAAGGAUUGGCUUAUCUUCAUGAGGGGCUCGAACCAAAAGUUGUCCACCGAGACAUGAAAUCAAGCAAUAUACUCCUUGAUCGCCAAUGGAACCCAAAGGUUUCUGACUUUGGGCUCGCUAAGCUUCUCUGUUCUGAUCAUAGCUAUGUCACAACCCGAGUGAUGGGGACAUUUGGUUAUGUUGCACCGGAGUAUGCAUGCACUGGAAUGCUGACUGAGAAGAGUGAUGUUUAUAGCUUUGGGAUACUUAUUAUGGAAAUAAUUACCGGAAGAAGUCCUGUUGAUUAUAGUAAACCCCAAGAAGAGGUUAAUUUAAUUGAGUGGUUGAAAACUAUGGUUGGCAAUAGAAAAUCAGAGGAACUCAUUGAUCCGAACCUUCCUGAAAAGCCGUCUUCAAAGGCUCUUAAGCUUGCUCUGUUGGUUGCUCUUAAAUGUGUUGAUCCUGAUGCCACAAAGAGACCUAAAAUCGGACACAUAAUCCACAUGCUUGAGGCCGACGACAUUCUAUUCCGUGAUGAACGGAGGACCGGAGGAGAAUCGUCGCGAUCCCAUCGCAAUUAUCAUCAUCAUGAGCAAAAGGACUCUAGCAGAGAUAGAAAGCGAAUAGGUGGAGAGAUCACUGAUCAAAGUGAAGAUGAUAAUAGUAGUAAAAUCUUGCCCAUCCCACUAGAUUGA